CGGGAGGCCGACCCGGCCCGCCCCGGCCUCUCCCUUCGGCCCGGGACGGCGGCGGACGGGGCGCCCGCGGGCCGGGGCUGCAUGGGGCUCCCGCGCGGCCAGCUCUUCUGGCUGCUGCUCCUGCUCGCGGCUGCCUGCUCGGGGAUCCUCUUCACUCUGUACUCCUCGGCAGUGGGGCCGUACCCGGGGCCCCGGUCCGGAGCCAGGAAUGCCACAUCAUCUCGAGCAUUCUUUGGACACAAGGCAUCAAACGCUGGACUGAGAAAGAGCCCGCACUGCCAACACCCACUUUAUCAGGCCAUCCAGAAGCACCCCCACUUCCGCACCCUGUUCGAUCUCUCCAUUCCAGUACUGCUCUCGGGGGCCCUCUUCACUCAGGAGCUCUGGGACAGGCUGAGCCAGCAUAAAGCCCCCUAUGGCUGGCAGGGGCUCUCCCGCCAAGCCAUCAACUCCACCCUGAGCCUCCUGAAUGGCUCCGAGAGCUCCAGGCUGUACGCCGCCUCCGGGAAGCCGCUCUCCAAGUGCAUUCGGUGUGCGGUGGUGGGGAACGGAGGCAUUUUGAAUGGCUCCCGCCAGGGGCUGAACAUUGACGCCCAUGACUACGUGUUCAGACUCAAUGGUGCUGUGAUCAAAGGCUUUGAGAAGGAUGUGGGCACCAAGACCUCCUUCUACGGUUUCACCGUGAACACAAUGAAGAACUCCCUCAUCUCCUACCAGAAUUUUGGCUUCACCUCCGUGCCACAAGGCCAGGACCUGCACUACAUCUUCAUCCCCUCUGACAUCCGGGACUAUGUGAUGCUGAGAUCGGCCAUUCUGGGUGUGGAUGUCCCCGAGGGCCCUGAUAAAGGGGACAGGCCUCAGACCUACUUCGGACCGGAAGCCUCUGCCAGGAAAUUCAAGCUACUACAUCCAGACUUCAUCAGCUACCUGAGGGAGAGGUUUUUGAAAUCAAAGUUGAUUAACACAAAUUUUGGAGACCUAUAUAUGCCUAGUACUGGGGCCCUCAUGCUGCUGACGGCUUUGCACACCUGUGACCAGGUUAGUGCCUAUGGAUUCAUCACAAGCAAUUACUGGAAAUUUUCAGACCACUAUUUCGAGCGAAUUAAGAAGCCACUCAUAUUCUACGUGAACCACGACCUGUCCCUGGAAGCUACCCUGUGGAAGAAACUGCACAAGGCCGGCAUCCUUCGACUGUACCAGCGCUGACCCUGAAGUACCCAAGCCCUUUGUUCUUGCAGAGCUGUGGACCCGUGGGCCCCCUCCCUGGCCCCUCACAUGGCCUAGGCGGCCCCCAGUUUUUUCAGCCUCUGAGAAGGGCUCCAGCUCCCCUCCACCAACCCCUUCUUCUCUAG